AUGGCGAAGCGCUGCAAGAUCUCCCACGAUACCGUAUCCCACUCCGAGAAAGGCUCAUACGUGCUGAAGAUCUCAGGAUACGCACACGCCAAGGAGACCGUGAAGAACGGCGACUACAUCAAAUCCAGCACCGAUUUCACCGUGGGAUCAGAUCACCCUCGCUGGGCCAUGACGUGUUACCCCAACGACAGCAAGCCGGAGCACGCAGAUUCCGUCUCCCUUUACCUCCGCCUUGUCGACUGCUACCGCGACAUCAAGGCCAGGUUCAGGUUCUCUCUUCUCGACGAAGAUGGGGAGCCCGUGCCGGCUUACAACUUUGUCAAUGAUGUUCAUACUUUCUUCGGCAAGAGCUCGAGCCGGGGUCACCCUGAUUUCAUCAAGAAGGCUGAUCUCGAAGCGUCUCCGUAUCUGAGGGAGGAUUCUUUCAGUAUUAGGUGUGAUGUCACCGUCCUAAAGAUCGCCGGCGAAAGGAGGAGUAGUAAAGGUGUGAGAUUUGUCGAUGUUCCGCCAAGCAAUCUGCAUUUGCAUCUCGGCGACCUUUUGAAGAGUCGAGAUGGAGCCGAUGUGAUCUUCUAUGUUGCCGGGGAGAAGUUCUCGGCUCAUCGGUCCGUGCUCUAUCUGCAUCGCAGUUCUUGGGCGCGUCGUGCGUCCCAGCUGUCGGCAUCCUGA